UCAUGUGAUCAGCUGUGUCCAAUCACAGCUGAUCACUGAUCAUCAGAGCACUGAUGAUCAGUGUGCCUUGAUGAUCAGUGUAGCCCCAGCAGUGUCACCUGUCAGUGUCCAUCAGUGCCACAUUUCAGUGCCUACCAGUGCACAUCAAUGCCACAUAUCAGUGCCCAUCUGAGCUGCCUUUCAGUGUCACCCAUCAGUGCCAGUCAGUGCCACCUAUCAAUGCCAGUCAGUGCCGCCUAUCAGUGCUGCCAAUCAGUGCCACCUAUCAGUGCCAGUCAGUGCCGCCUAUCAGUGUGCAUGAGU